CAUAAAACAAAUAAAAAUAAUUUCGAGUCUCAAGAACAUGCCAAGAAGCAAGCAUCUAUUCGGGCUAGUUUCAGUGCAGUGGAUAUAAAAAAUGAAACCAUAGAAGAUUUAAUUGAAUCAUUCGCUAUUGCUAAUAUUCCACUUGAAAAAGUGGAUCGUCUAAUUCCGUUCUUUAGAAAACAUCUUAAAUAUG